GACUCCCGGUGUUUCAGCACCGCAAUGCCUGGGGGUGAACUCGCCCAGUCUGAUCGGAGAUGAUCCAGACGCGGCACAGCGCCGUCUUGGCCACGCUGGCCCUGUUGCUGUUGCCGCUACUGCUGCUGGAGCUCCUGCUGUAUUUCCUCCUCUUCCUAGCGCUGCUGCUGGCCUUCCUUCUCCUCCAUCGAAAGACGACCGGGACCGCGGCGGUGACAGGGACUGCGACCUGCGCUGAUGCGAAGGCUCGCAGCACCGCUUCCAUCCUGCGCGAGCUGCGCCGGGGUCGCUUUCGGCGCAGCGCAGCGGCGGUGGUGCAGGAGGUGAUGUCCGCCGACCUUCCCGAAGACCUACUUGUGGCCGAGGAGCUGGUUGCGGAGGUGUGCCAGACGCUGGAAGUCUGCGACUUCAGCUCAAAGGUGUUGAGGGACCUCCAGAGAUCUCUUGGAGAAAGUUGUUUGUACCUUUCCGGUGGUGGCAUGCUAGGCAUGUACCACUUGGGUACGGUGCGCCGUUUGCUGGAGGAAGAUCUGAUGCCCCAACACCUCUGUGGCACGUCGGUGGGAUCCAUCGUGGGUGCAUAUGUGGCCACGCGCACGGACGACGAACUGAGAAGGGAGCUGACGGACUUGGACGGACUCCAGGAGUGGUACCGACAGAUGGGUCCUUUGGAGGGGCCUUUUCCUGUCCAAUAUUGGGAAGUCGUGGUGCGCGUGCUGUGGCGAGGCUACAUCUAUGACUACAUGAAUCAGUACAAGAACCAGGCGACCUUCGUCUCCAAUGCUUUGACCUUCGCGGAGGCGUAUCAGCGCACCGGCAGGAGCUUCACCAUCACCUGCACGCCGGUGUCGGGUGGUCCCGUGGUGCUGCUCAACAGGCACACGGCGCCAAAUGUGAUGAUCGCAUCUGCCAUUUGUGCCUCAUCCUCCAUGCCGAUGUUGGUGGAGGCAGUACGCUUGCUGGAAAAGGCGCCGGACGGCUCGUUGCGGCCCUGGUCAGGCAGCAGCGAACUCAUGCGUGAUGGCACCAUGCUGGCUGACUCGCCAUGCGAGCAGAUGCAGCGCUGGAAUCUGCGGUGGUCUAUCGUCUCUCAGGUGAAUCCACACGUCGUCCCAUUUUCGAUGCCCUUCGUCCUAGCAAAGCGCAUCAGCCAAUUUUCCGGCGUUUUCGCGAGUCGAUUGACAUCGGCAGAGGGAUGGCUAAGAAGGUGCAUUUGGAGCACGCUCCGAAGUUUUCAGGGCUGGAGCACUUUGCCAAGGGAAGGUUCGUGGAUCUCACAGCUAUUGUUCCAAGACUACUUUGGAAACGUGAACAUCAUUCACUAUGAGAUGCGCUUCAGAGACUACCUCCGUUUGAUCAAGAACGAAACCAGCUUGGAAGAUUUCCGAAACAAGGUCCAUGCAGCUGCCUGUUGCAGUGACAGGGAACUGCCCCGGCAACGACUGCGUAAAAAAAUGGAGGCGGCUCUGGAGGCUGCCCUGUUGCGUCGGAGCUUCUGUGAAGAUGGAAGCGACUGCGUUGGAUCGCGUAGCCUACGAUCUCGCAGAAUUGCAGGGCGCCGUGAGCGGCGAGUAUGAGAGGCGCACGAGACGGGCGUGGAGUUCCCAUCUGGGCGACGGGCGAAAGCAUUCACUACAGGCAUCAUGGCCUGAUGCAAACCCGUG